AUGUUCCAUUUUGUCAUUCAGUUACCCACUGUCUUUCCAUCUGGACGUUUCUAUCUAUCUACCUAUCUCGGUAUCUCCCUAUCAGUUUAUGUCAAUCUGUUUAUCUGCUUGAUUAUCUGUCUAUCUCUGUCUGUGUCUUUCUGUCUACAUCUGUGUCGAUCUAACUAUGACUGUCUGUCUGUCUGUAUCUAUCUAUCUAUCUAUCUAUCUAUCUAUCUAUUUCUACCUAACUACUUCUAUCUAUCUGCGUCGAUCUGUGUCUGUGUCUCUAUCUAUCUAUCUAUCUAUCUAUCUAUCUAUCUAUCUAUCAGUUUAUGUCAAUCUGUUUAUCUGCUUGAUUAUCUGUCUAUCUAUAUCUGUGUCUUUCUGUCUAUAUCUGUGUUGAUCUAUCUAUAUCUAUGUCUGUCUGUCUAUACCUAUCUAUCUAUCUAUCUAUUUCUAUCUUACUGUCUUUAUCUAUCUAUCUAUCUAUCUGUCGGUCGGACGGUCUGUCUUUUUUCUAUGCAUCUAUCUGUCAGUCUGUCUGUCUUUAUCUACCUAUCUCUCUGCUGUCUGUCUCUAUCUAUCUAUCUGUCGGUAUGUCUGUCUCUAUCUAUCUGUCUGUCAGUCUGUCUGUCUGUCUGA